GAUAAGGUAAACAUUGAAGUGGCUGCAGGUUUUGGAUAUACACAGCCUCACCAGCUCUCCUGCGUAUGUACUGAGCGGCAGCAUCUGCCUGUUUAUCUUCCCAACUGCCUGAGAACAUUCUGUCUGGUUGCUGGGAAGUUGCCGUGGCCACCUUUUGUUUUGGAGCUAUAGAGGUAGUGCCAGCUUGAGGCAGAAGCUUGGAAGUGGGCUGUUUGGUAGAGCAGUGCCCUGAAGCCUCUCAGAUGGAACAAAGGAAGAUGAAGAAACUCGUGGACUCCGUCAGUAAAAUUGCCCAUAGCUUUAAGAAAAGUGAAGUUGAGUGUCUCAUCCAACUCUUCGAUAGCUUGGUGGAAAAACAGGGUGGAAAGAUUGCUAAUGGCCAGCUGGACCGAAACACAUUUCGAGGGAUCCUAUACAACAUAUUCGGAAUGACUGAUGACAUGUUGAUGAACAGGGUGUUCUUCGUAUUUGACAAAGACGGUGACAACUAUAUAAGUAUACAAGAGUGGGUGAAAGGCUUAUCAGUGUUUCUCCGAGGGACUUUUGAAGAGAAGAUAAAAUUCUGUUUCGAAGUUUAUAAUUUAACUGGAGAUGGUUAUAUUUCCCGGGAAAAAAUUUUUGACAUGCUGAAGAACAGUCUCUCCCAGCAGUCUUCUGAAGAGACUGAGGAAGGAAUAAAGGAGUUGAUCGAUCUAACCCUGAAGAAGAUGGAUUAUGACAAUGAUGACAAGAUCUCCUUUGCAGACUUUGAAAGAGCAGUGAAAAAAGACCAACUUCUGUUGGAGGUGUUUGGACCAUGUUUACCAGAUACAAAGAGUUGCCUUCAUUUUGAAGCCCUGGUAUUCAAAAACAAAAUGCCUGCAAGUCUUUGA